AUGAUUUCCAGAAAGGCAUCCAUGGCUUGUAGUGGUGGUGUUGUGAUGAGUGCCUUCAUCUGGUCUAUGGCCAUAAUCUAUCUGACUCACAUAGGUGGGGUGAGCGGGGACUGCUGGCUCAUUGAAGGGGAAAAGGGCUUUGUGUGGUUGGCCAUCUGCAGCCAAAACCAGCCACCUUAUGAGGCCAUCCCUCAGCAUAUCAAUAGCACCAUUGUGGACCUUCGCUUGAAUGAAAAUAAGAUUAAAAGUAUCCAUUACUCUGCCCUCAGCCGCUUUGCCAACCUAACAUACCUGAACCUAACAAAGAAUGACAUUAGCUAUAUAGAGGAUGGGGCUUUUUCAGCUCAAUUCAACUUACAGGUACUCCAGCUAGGUUUCAAUAAACUGCGUAACCUAACAGAAGGGAUUCUCAGGGGGUUGGGAAAGCUGCAGUACCUCUACCUCCAGGCCAACCUGAUUGAGACUGUGACACCCAAUGCCUUUUGGGAGUGCCCAAACAUAGAAAACAUAGACCUCUCUAUGAAUCGCAUUCAGGUGCUAGAUGGGAACACUUUCACCAGCCUCACCAAACUGACCACCUGUGAGCUUUAUACAAACCCAUUCAACUGCUCUUGUGAGCUUCUGGGGUUUGUUAAGUGGCUGUCAGUCUUCCCCAACAGAACGAAUGAACGGAUGGUAUGUGAUUCUCCUGCAGGCGUUUCUGGUUACAGUCUCCUAAGCCAGAAUCCAAACAAUCCUACUCAGCGUAAUGCAUUGCAUAUGCUGUCCACUGUGUGCACGGAGGACUAUGUGACUCCGUAUAUCCCUGUGCCUCCUGAGACCACAACUUUCUCUCCAGAUGUUACCCCUUGUGAGCUGGAGGACUGUCCCUCUGGUAGUGAGCCAGAGGAAAUAAGCAUUAGUCCCACUUACCCAGACCUUGAUGUGAAACCAAUCAUGAAGCUGAAACAAGUCUCCCACACAAAUGCAGUUAUUAAUGUUCAGAUACCCCAUCCUUAUAAGAAAAUGUACAUCCUUGUUUUGUAUAAUAAUAGCUUCUUCACAGACAUUCAGAAUCUGAAACGGCAGAAGGAAGACAUCGAGUUAAAGAACCUGAAACCUCACACUGAAUAUACCUACUGUGUGGCUUCCAUACGCAAUUCUUUGCGUUAUAACCAUACCUGUCUCAAAUUAUCCACAGGCCCUAGAACUGGAAGAGUGAGAGAGACUAAUAAUGCAACAGCCACUCAUUAUAUAAUGACCAUCCUAGGAUGCCUUUUCAGUAUGGUAAUUGUUUUAGGAAUGGUCUACUACUGCUUACGAAAAAAGAGGUACCAAGAUGAAAAGCACAAAAAGGCAGGUAGUAUGAAGAAGAACAUAAUAGAGCUCAAAUAUGGUGGUGAAUUGGAGGGAGGGACUAUAUCCAGGGUGCCUCAAAAGCAAAUAAUGGCUGGGGAGAGUAUGUCUCGCAUGCCAUAUUUGCCUUCUGGGAGUGAGAUGGAUCAGUACAAAAUUCAAGACAUAAGUGACACUCCAAAAAUGGCUAAGGGCAACUACAUGGAUGUGAGAACAGGGGAGCAUCAAGACCGAAGAGAGUGCGAGAUGCCUAUGCCAAGCAAUAGUCAGGGUUCUGUUGCUGAGAUCUCCACAAUCGCAAAAGAGGUGGACAAAGUCAACCAGAUUAUUAACAAUUGCAUCGAUGCUUUGAAGUCAGAGUCAACUUCUUUCCAAGGAGUCAAAUCUGGAGCUGUUUCAACAGCAGAGCCCCAGUUAGUUCUGAUUUCAGAGCAACCUCAGAGCAAGUCUGGCUUUCUGUCCCCUGUUUACAAGGAUAGCUACCACCACUCUUUACAGAGACAUCACUCCUCAAGCACUUCCCCAAAGCGACCCAGCACGGCAACCGGUGGUCCCAUGCGUAGUCCGAGGCCCUACCGCUCUGAGGGGGCAUACAAGUCAGAGUCUAAAUACAUAGAGAAGACUUCAUCUACAGGUGAGACCAUCAUGACCAUUACUCCAGCUGCCGCUAUACUGAGAGCAGAGGCAGAGAAGAUACGUCAGUACAGUGAACAUAGACACUCCUACCCUGACGCCCAAAUUGAGGAGCUUGAGGGACCAGAAAAUCGCAAGGCAUCAAUCCUGGAGCCUCUGACACGGCCUCGGCCCAGAGACUUGGCAUAUUCCCAGCUAUCUCCCCAGUACCAUAACCUCAGCUACUCCUCCAGCCCUGAGUAUUACUGCAAACCAUCUCACAGCAUCUGGGAGCGCUUCAAGCUCCAUCGCAAACGUCACAAAGAUGAGGAAUACAUGGCGGCAGGCCAUGCCCUGCGUAAAAAAGUGCAGUUUGCAAAGGAUGAGGACCUGCAUGAUAUUCUAGAUUACUGGAAAGGUGUGUCAGCGCAACAUAAAUCUUAAUCUUCUCAAGUGUUUCUUCAAAUCUUUUUUGUUGGACCAUGAAAACAGAAUGAGUUUUGAAUUGCAUUUUAAUGGAGGACAUAGCCAACUUUGACUAAUGGGGAAUGGGGGAAAUUGGGAAUGCACUCUUAGUUUUGUAAAUUUACCAAAAGGAUAUAUACAAGAAGAGAACACAGUGCAAAUUUAAAAAUAUAUAUGUUCAAGUGGAUUAUAAGUAUUUGGUUCGCAUGGCCAAGUCCUGUGACAAUGGAUUUUCUACUGUGUACAGUGAGAAAAAAAAAGCAUCAUACACUGACAGAAGUCUUCUGGAAACAUAUUUCUUCUCACUGUACAUUGAUUAAUGAACAGUUCUCCCUAUAUAUUGAGUUAUAAAUACAAAGGGACUAAUGUACAAUAUAGUGUUUUUAUACUUGCAAAGAUUGGUGGUUAUAAGAAAAAAAUAUAUAGGACACGUUUGAUUCAGGUUUAGAUUAUGGAUUUUAGAAUCAGUUCCUGUGACAUUUGUCUAUAAUGAAUGUUUGGAGUUCAGAUGGAUGAACAUUGCACUUGUCACUGGAAUGGAAUAUAUCCAUUCAAAACACCAUUUAAUCUAGUCUGCAUUGUCAUUUUUCAUUUAUGUCACUAAACAAAAUGCACAAUAUUACCAUGUUAUUAAAGACUCAGUAAUUUGGAUAGCUUGGUACUUCAGAACAGAUCGGUAGUUAUAUCUGAAACAUCUGUAUAAUUGGGAUGUGGGUAAA